UAAAUAAAUCUGCAAAACACACUAAUCAACUUUUUUAUAAUCAGAGAGAGAGAGAGAGAGAGAGUGUAUAGAAAUUGUUUAUGAAGUUUACUCCGUCUCAGCAAGCUAGUAAUCCAAACACACGAAGCGCACCACUUUUCAUUUCUCCCGUUCCUAUUUCACUUUUUCUUAUCACACAUUUCAUAAAUAAUUUGCACAACUAUACUCUCUCUCUCUCUCUCUGCGGCCUUUUUGAGCGCCGGCAAUGACAGCGGUGGCGCUCGCAAUCGCUAUUGCAGCAGCUGCUUUUCUGUCGACGGUGCGUGGCGGCGCCGGAAUUGAAGGAGUGCUUACUCUGCAGAGAGCCUUCCCGAUUGAUGAGGAGGUGGAGCUCGACGUUCUUAAAGCUCGGGACCGUGCUCGCCACGCGCGUAUUUUGCAGAGCUUUUCCGGCGGGAUUGUCGAUUUUCAGGUCGUCGGCUCUUUUGACCCUUACGUCGUUGGACUUUAUUUUACAAAAGUGAGAUUAGGAACUCCACCACGUGACUUUAAUGUGCAGAUUGAUACUGGAAGCGACAUCUUGUGGGUUGCUUGCAGUUCUUGUACGGAUUGCCCACAGAGUAGUGGAUUAGGGAUUCCUCUCAAUUUCUUCGACCCUGGUGCAUCUUCAACUGUUUCCUCUAUUUCCUGCUCAGAUAAUAUAUGUGCUUCCAUAGUUCAAACUGCAUCUGCUGAAUGCUUCGGUGAAAGCAAUCAAUGUGGCUACUCAUUUCAAUACGCAGAUCAAAGUGGCACAGCUGGUUUUUAUGUAUCUGAUAUACUAUAUUUCGACUCAAUUUUGACCACUUCUCUAGUUGUCAAUUCCUCUGCUCCUAUCGUCUUUGGGUGUAGCACCUCUCUGUUUGGAGACUUAGCCAAAUCCACUAAAGCACUUGAUGGAAUAUUUGGGUUUGGCAGGCAGGAUGUUUCUGUGAUAUCGCAGUUGUCAUCGCAUAAGAUUACUCCUAAAGUAUUUUCCCAUUGCUUGAAAGGAGAUGGUAAUGGUGGAGGUAUAUUUGCUCUUGGUGAGGUAUUGGAUCCAAGAAUCGUUUAUACUCCCCUUGUUCCCUCACAGCCUCAUUACAAUUUAUAUCUGCAGAGCAUCUCUGUUAAUGGGGAACUGUUGCCUAUUGACCCAACAGUUUUUACAACAUCAGUAAAUCAGGGAACAAUUGUUGAUUCUGGAACAACUUUGGUCUACCUUGUGGAAGCAGCUUAUGAACCUUUUAUUGCAGCUAUAGCAGCUGCUGUUUCUACAUCCGCCUCUUCAAUUAUCUCUAAUGGCAACCAAUGCUAUCUAGUCUCUACCAGUGUAGCUGAGAUUUUUCCACCGGUUUCUUUCAACUUUGCUGGAGGUGCAUCCAUGUUUCUAAAACCAAUCGACUACCUCGUGCGCUCAGGCUUUGUUGAUGGCGCUUCAAUGUGGUGUGUGGGCUUCCUUAAAGCUUCUAAUCAAGGCACUACAAUUUUAGGAGAUCUUGUUCUCAAAGAUAAAAUCUUUGUCUAUGAUUUGGCUCAACAAAGACUAGGAUGGGCAGACUAUGAUUGCUCUUUAUCAGUGAAUGUUUCAUUAACUCCUAGUAAAGACGAAUUUAUGAAUGCUGGACAGCUGAGCGUGAGCAGCAGCUCAUUUUUAUCGACUAGCGCUGCCUUACUGUAUAUAUUAGUGGUCAUUCUUGUAAAUCAUUUUUCCUCGCCAUUUUUCUAUUUCAUAUAGGUGUUGCUCUUCGUUUCCUAUCAAUUGGCAGCAAAUGUGUCUUAGAAAGGAUGUAUUAGGAAUAUUUUACCAUCCCUUCAUCUAGUUUAUUCUCCCUUUAUUUAGGGAUUAGUCUUGUUUAUUCAUUUUUACACGUAGCUCGAUGUAUAUGUACCCCAGAUUUUCA